AGACGAUACUUCGCUUGGCGGUAGCCUACAUUUUCUGCGGGGCAUACUUUUGUGGGAUGCUUCCGGUUCGUUUUGCCGGAAAUCGUUUCGAGUGGUGUGAAUUUCGAUUGCUUUGGUCUGUAACGGCUGGUCUUUGUUCAAUCGUUGCCAUUGGCUAUAGCUCCUACAGGAUCGUGACGUUGAUAUCGUACCCACUGAUGGACAUCGUUCGCCAUUUGAUUUAUUGUGAAUUCGUCAUUCGAUUCGGCGUCAUUCUAAUGGGCUACAUUUCUACUUGGUUCAACCACAAGAAUUUGAUUGUUCUUGGUAACACGGUUUGGUUUAUUUUGGACGAACUGAAGCCCUUCAAUAUCCCCACUUGGAUUGAUAGAAAACUCGCCGUUUAUGGAUUCUUCAAAAUAGUCUUUGUGGACAUUUUUAUGUGCAUGCUAUUUGCUGUUAAUUUUCAUUUCAACAUUGAGCACGAUCCGGUGCCUUUGUUGGAACGAGCUAUGAACGUCUACGUAGUGUUCAUGAUGGCUCAGGUAUCGAAUGCUUGUCUACUUAGUUUAUACAUGGCAGCGCAUCUGUAUCGUUCAAUCAAUUGGCAGCUACGGAUCACCAUCGGAGAACUUUGUGCUUUGGAAUAUGUUAAAAAUGAAACAUUGAAGCAACAAGUUUUUGAGAAUGCGUUGCGAAAUUUGACUGUUCUCGAUAAAUUACACUGUCGGGUUACAGAGUUCAUUCUGGGCAUCUGCCGUGUUUAUGGAGUACCAUUGGCGCUGAUCAAUUUGAAUCAGUUUUUGGUGAUAAUUUCAAGGGUCAUUUCUCUGUAUUUCGUGGCAGUAAAUGAUUUUGAAAAAGAUUUUUCAUUGCAGACAUACUUUGUCUAUGUAUCGGCCAUACUGGAACUUAAAAAUGAGUUUUCCAUCAAUAUUCAUCGAUAUAUAAACUCUAUACUUUAUUUAUUAUUCGAAAUAGUACACAUCAUCUAUUUAGUAUCUGCGGCAGAAUUGGCCAAGAAACGUGGAGAGAAAACUAUAAUACAUUUGAAUGAAUUUUUCGAGACGGAUGUAGCAGAUAGUGUUACUAGAAAGAUUGAAUCGUUUAGUGCUGUACUAUCGACGAACAAGCCAAAUGUGUCUUUAUUCGGACUUUAUGCUUUGGAUUUCACUUUAUUGUUCUCGAUGGCUACUGUAAUCGCAUUAAAAUUGAUCGUUCUGAUUCAAAUUCAACUGAAGGAAUAGAAUCUGCUCUGAUUCACAUUUAGUCGCUUAAAAUACUAUCAACGUGUAAUCACAGGGAGCAAUUUGCUUUGAA